AUGGCUUUAUUAGCAUAUAACCGUGCAUUAAAACUUUCUACGACGGGAAUUCCAGUAUCGGGCAUUGGUUUUAUUGGAGAACUAGCAUCUAAUGCUUCAAAGCAUGGAGAGCAUAGGUGUUAUGUAUCUACAAGAACAUCACACCAUAUGUGGAGAUCUAAUAUCAUACUUUCAAAGGGGUUAAGGAACCUUGAGGGAGAAGACAUGCUAUCAAGUCAGCUUCUACUCAAGGGAAUUGCUACUGCGUGCAAUGUCUCAAUGGACCCACUUAUGGAGUUGCAAGAGAAUGAGAUAAUUAAUGAGUUCAAACAGUCUUUUGAUGAAGAUCAAGAAUUGGAGGAACUUAUCUCUGGGCAAAUACGCAUGAAAGUUUACUCUUUUGAUAAAGGACAUGUUCCAGAGCAUGGCUGA